AGUAGCCGGCAGAGUGAGGAGAAGAUGUCUGCUUUCGUGCUCGCCGUCGCUGGCGCGGCCCUGCUUCUCGGCUUCCUCUACGUCUUCCAGAGCCGCCGGAGCAGCAGCAAGCUCCCCCCGUCGCCCCCGUCGCUGCCGCUGGUCGGUCACCUCCAUCUUAUCGGCCGGCUCCCGCACCGGUCCCUGCACGAGCUGCACCUCCACUACGGCGGCGGUGGGCUCCUCCUCCUGCAGCUCGGGCGCCGGCGAACCCUGGUCGUGUCCACGGCCGCGGCGGCGGCGGACCUGUUCCGGAACCACGACCUCGCCUUCUCCUCCCGCCCGCACAACGCGGCGGCGCACAAGCAGACGUAUGGCUCCCGCAACAUCUCCUUCUCGCCGUACGGGGAGCACUGGCGCCGGGCCAAGAAGAUCGCGGUGGUCCACCUCCUCUCCCAGCGCCGCGUCGAGGCCUUCGCGCCCGUGCGGCAAGCCGAGGCAGCGGAGCUCGUGGCGCGCACCAGGCGCGCCGCCGAGGCGCGGGAGGCCGUGGUGCUGAAGGAGCUCCUGUACAGCUACACGAACGCGGUGGUCACCCGUGCGGUGGCCGGCGCCGCCGGGAUGACGGCCGCGAGGCUGAGGCAGCUGCUGGCGCACACCGCGACGCUGGUGGCGGGGUUCCAGGCGGACGACGUGCUGCCGGACGCGCCGGCAAGGUUGUUCAGGCGGGUCACGGGGCUCGAGAAGAAGAUCGACGACAUGAACGGGGAGUGGGACAGGUUCCUGUCGGAGAUAAUGGCCGAGCACAAGGAGAAGGCGAGGCCGGGGCAGGGUGGCGGCGACUUCUUGGACGUCUUGCUGCAGCUGAGGCAGGAGGAAGGCGCCCAAGGGUUCGAGCUUUCCGACGAUGGCAUCAAAGCCAUCGCCAAGGAUAUGAUAGCCGCGGCGACGGACACAACAGCCGUGGCGCUGGAAUGGGCCAUGGUGGAGCUCAUCCGCAACCCGCGGGUGAUGGCCAAGGUGCAGGACGAGAUCGCGCGUGUCGCCGGCGACGCCGAGCAGCCGGCCAUCGCCGAGGCGGAGCUCAGCAAGAUGGGCUACCUGAGAGCGGUGGUGAAGGAGGUGUUCCGGCUCCACCCGCCGCUGCCGCUCCUCCUCCCGCGCGAGUCCAUGUCCCCCGCGGCCGUGCAGGGCGGCCGCUACGAGAUCCCGGCCAAGACCGCGCUCCUGAUCAACGCGUGGGCGAUCGGGCGGGACCCCGCGGCGUGGGACGCGCCGGAGGAGUUCCGGCCGGAGCGGUUCCUGUGUGCCGCCGCCGCCGGCCAGGCCCAGGCGGUGGACCUGAGGGGCACCGACUACCAGCUCCUCCCGUUUGGCGCGGGGCGGAGGAUGUGCCCCGGCAUCAACUCCGCGCUGCCCGUCCUGGAGCUCGCGCUCGCCAGCCUCCUGCGCCACUUCGACUGGGAGCUCCCCGGCGGCGGCGCGCGCCCGGCGGAACUGGACAUGGUUGAGGCGCCGGGGCUCUCGACGCCGCCGCGGGCUCCCCUUGUCCUCGUCCCCAAGUGGAAGGCGCUGGCUUAGGCAUCGUAUGCAUCACUGCAGCUUGGAUGUGGCUCCACGGUUUGUGUACGAAUUUCGUCACUGUAAACUGCUUAACUUUAAAGCUUGGACAUAGGGUCCUGUUGUGUGCUUGAUCAGAGCAAUGCCUAUUGUUCAGAAUUUUCUGUUAUAAAUUAUAUGAAGUUUAAGUUUAAGUUUA